AAGUUUCAGCAAUUCAAUAGCUAAACAAAAUAUCAAAAUUAAAAUUCAAUUCCAACAAAAUGGCCGAUCUUGCUGCAAAAUUCGCAGAACAUGAAAUUACGCCAAAUAUUAUUGUAAAUCCACCAGCAAAAUUAUUGAAUUGCAACUGGGAUGGUAUACAAGUGCAACCCGGGCAAACGAUGUCACCACGAAAUCUUCGUUUUGCACCACGUGUUACUCUGGACGUUGAUCCAGAAUCGACAUUUUCUAUGAUCAUGAUCGAUCCUGAUAAUCUGUCACGGAAGAACCCGUCCGUAGCCGAAUGGCUUCAUUGGCUGGUAGUAAAUAUCCCCGCAAGCAAUAUUCAGGAAGGCAUUAAUGGAGGACAACAUCAGAUGGCGUAUGGAAGUCCUGCACCACAACCUCGCACCGAUUUACACCGCUACGUAAUCCUCCUGUAUGAACACCAAGGACGGCGAAUACAAGUACCAAAAAUCAACAGCAGAGCUAAAUUCAACACGAAACAAUUUGUGGAAAAACAUAAAUUAGGUGAUCCAAUUGCCGGCAACUUUUUCCUGGCGCAAAAUGAAGGUUGAACAAGCAAAUCAGCGAUGGAAUGCCUUCAGACGUUAGAAGGUCUAAUGUUUCUGCGUAUAAAAAAUUUUGUACAUGCACACUUCUAUUAAAUCAUUUUCUUGAAAGAUCGUUGUCCUAUACGUGAGCGGAUGACAGCAAUAAUGUCCACAAUAGUGCUACUUUAGAAA